AUGGCAGCAGCCACAUCCGACCACGAGCUCAUCAGGAACGCAAUUGCCGGUGUCGCCAUCACAUUCGAUAUGAAGCAAUUUCAGGACCUGGGAAAAUUCUUCACUGAUGAUUGUGUGGCCGACUAUACGGGCUCACUCGGCCUGAUGAAGGGAGUCGAUGCUGUGGCCGAGGGCAUUCAGAACGCAAUUGGACAUCUGAGCACCUUCCAUGGUUUGACGACCCAAGCUAUACACCUCACGGGAGAUGGUACUGCAGAGGCUACCACUUACUGUGCGGCUGGUCAUUUUUUAGGUGACAAGUCAUUCCUCGCGGAAGCCCGGUACUUUGACAAGCUUGUGAGAGUCGUUGAGGGAGACAGUGUCAAGUGGAAAAUUUCAUACCGUCUGACCACUAUGAUGGGUGUUCCGCGGGGUGAUGUUUCUAUCUUCCAGAUGGACUUGGAUAGGUGGGCUGACAGCCUGAAGGGUUAG